CUUCUCCACCCGCCCCCUUCCCAGGCAAUGGAUCCCAAGUACGAGAAGGACAGCAAGGAGGUCGAAUCCUCCAGCGUGUCCUCGCAACCGCAGGCACGCCGCGUCGAGUUCUACGACCCCUCCAAGGAGUCCAAAUGGACGCGAAUUGGUCUCACUCUCGAGAGUUUCAAGCGUGCUCCCGGCACCACUGGUGGCCAGGUCGUUAACGGCGCCAACAAUGUUGAGGACCUCGAGAAGAUCAUGGCUGACGCCCCAAUGCUUCAGCAGAAGAUGAAGCCCCGUCACUUGCAGAUGAUUGCUGUCGGUGGAAGUAUCGGUACAGGUCUCUUCGUCGGCUCCGGUGCCGCCCUCUACGACGGUGGUCCAGCUGCCCUCCUCAUUUGCUGGCUUCUCAUUGGUAUCAUGUUGAUUAACGUUACUCAGGCUCUCGGUGAAAUGGCAAUUCUAUAUCCCGUUUCUGGUGGUUUCUAUACUUUGGCUAUUCGUUUUUUGGACCCCUCCUUCGCUUUCGCCAUGGGCUGGAACUACGUCUUCCAAUGGGCAGUCGUGUUACCUUUAGAAAUUACAGUCGCUGCAAGAACGAUUCAAUAUUGGCCAGAAACACUUAAAGUUCCUCUGGCUGUUUGGAUCACUAUCUUCUGGGCUGUCAUCGUCAUCUUCGCUGUGUUCGGAACCAUUGGUUUCGCCGAGGAAGAGUUCUGGUCGUCUUGCCUCAAGCUUUUGGUCGUCGUCGUGUUCGUCAUUAUCGGUAUUGUCUGCAUCUGCGGCGGUGGACCGAGUGAUGGAGAAUACUCGAGCUAUGUUGGAGGCAAGCACUGGAGCGACCCAGGAGGAUUCGCCAACGGCUUCAAGGGCGUUUGCGCUGUUUUCGUCACUGCUGCCUUCUCGUUCGCUGGUACCGAGCUCGUCGGUCUCGCUGCCUCCGAGACCCCUAACCCCCGCAAGACCAUGCCCACCGCUGUCAAGGGUACCUUCUGGCGUAUCACCGUUAUCUACAUCACCUCCUUGACCAUUAUUGGUCUCCUCAUCCCCUACAACGAGGAGCGACUCGUCACUGGUGAAGGUGCCGCGGCUUCUCCUUUCGUCAUCGCUCUCGACAACGCCAAAAUCCCGGGAUUCAACCAUCUCGUCAACGUCACCAUUUGCAUCUCCGUCCUUUCUAUCGGUUUGUCCUGCGUCUACGCUGGAUCCCGUACCCUCACUGCCCUCGCCGAAACUGGAUACGCCCCGAAGAUCUUCACCUACGUUGACAAGUCUUCCCGACCACUCUGGUCCCUCAUCGCCAUCCUCGUCUGGGCUCCUUUGGCCUACAUCAACGUUCGAGAUGUGGGUGACGCAGUGUUCAGGUGGUUGCUUGCCCUCUCCGGUCUCUCGACCCUCUUCACCUGGAUGGCGAUCUGCUUGUGCCAUAUUCGAUUCCGAAGGGCUUGGAAGGUCCAAGGCCACUCUACCGACGAGCUUCCCUACAGAGCCCUGGGUGGUGUCUAUGGCUCGUGGUUCGGUGUGAUUCUCGUCAUCCUCGUCCUCAUCGCCCAAUUCUAUGUUGCGCUGUUCCCACUCAAUUACGACCCAGACCGAACACCAGGCGAUGUCGCAGAAGGCUUCUUCGCCUCUUACCUCGCUCUCCCCGUCAUGAUCAUGUUCUACAUCAUCGGAUAUGCAUGGAAACGCACUCUCCCUCAACGGGCACACGAAAUCAAUCUCGACUCUGGACGAAAAUCGUGGUUGACCGCAGAAGAAAUGAACGCCUGGCGCGCAGAACGAAGAGCUGCACCACUCCACAUUCGUAUCUUCCGUGCUCUCUUCACACAUUAAUGGCUUACUUUAUUGUUCGUCAUGUGUAUUCUUUCACACCUACCGGUUGUUUUUUCUGUUGUCAUGUCAUACCCUCGACAUGUUGUAUCUUUAGCAUAUAUAUCCCCACCAGCCUUGUAGACUUUCUUCAUAAAGUCGCGCUCUAUCGUAAUAGAUGCUUGCUGUGUAAUUGUAUACUUUCUACCCCAA